AGGAGGUUUGAGUGAAAUUGAAAGUACUCCCAGCAUAAGCUAAAUUUACAUUUUAGUCCAUAAAUAUUUCUCCUCUUUGUCUUCCCCUUUCUCUCUACUGUUAAUAUUAACGGAGCGAUGGCCGGAGGAGGGGUGGCGCCGUCAGGGGUGGCGAAGGAGAGGGCGGAUCAGUACAGGGGGAGGGUGACGCCGUUUGUUUUGACGGCGUGCAUCGUCGCUGCUAUUGGCGGUGCAAUCUUCGGUUAUGACAUCGGCAUCUCCGGAGGUGUUACAUCAAUGGAUCCAUUCCUCAAGAAAUUCUUCCCAGUUGUAUACCGAAAGAAGAACAGUCCAUCGAAGAACAACUACUGCAAGUAUGACAACCAGGGAUUAUCGGCUUUCACCUCCUCCCUCUACCUUGCAGGUCUCGUUGCAUCCUUAGUGGCUUCUACAGUUACCAGAAAAUAUGGUCGACGGGCUAGUAUUAUUUGCGGUGGUAUCAGUUUCAUGAUCGGAGCUACACUGAACGCUGCAGCACAAAAUCUCGCCAUGCUUUUGCUCGGUAGAAUCAUGCUUGGUGUUGGAAUCGGCUUUGGAAAUCAGGCCGUUCCCCUCUACCUAUCGGAAAUGGCCCCUGCGCACCUUCGCGGUGGCCUGAAUAUGAUGUUCCAACUCGCCACCACCCUGGGCAUCUUCUCCGCCAACAUGAUCAACUACGGCACUCAAAAACUCAACCCCUGGGGCUGGCGCCUCUCCCUUGGCCUCGCAGCGGUCCCCGCGUUCCUCAUGACACUGGGCGGACUCCUCCUCCCCGAAACCCCCAACUCGCUCAUCGAACAAGGCAACCCCCAACUUGGCCGCAAAGUUCUCGAGAAAAUUCGCGGCACCUCUGAAGUUGAUGCCGAGUUUCAGGACAUGACCGAGGCCAGCGAGCUCGCUAACUCGAUAAAACAUCCUUUUAGGAACAUCUUGGAGCGCAGGAAUAGGCCGCAGCUGGUGAUGGCGAUAUUUAUGCCAACAUUUCAGAUACUUACAGGGAUCAAUUCGAUAUUGUUUUAUGCGCCUGUGUUGUUUCAGAGUAUGGGGUUCGGUGGAAACGCCUCGUUGUAUUCAUCGGUGAUGACUGGCGCGGUUCUGGCAUUGUCGACUCUGGUUUCGAUUGCGACCGUGGAUCGGUGGGGACGGAGAGUGUUGUUGAUUGCUGGAGGGAUUCAAAUGAUCAUUUGCCAGGUGAUCGUGGCAAUCAUACUCGGCCUAAAAUUCGGCCAAGACAAGCAGCUCUCCAAAGAAUUCUCCGUCACCGUAGUCGUCGUGGUCUGCCUCUUCGUCGCCGCCUUCGGGUGGUCGUGGGGCCCGCUCGGAUGGACGGUCCCCAGCGAGAUAUUCCCGCUGGAGACACGGUCAGCGGGGCAGAGCAUCACCGUGUCCGUCAACCUCUUCUUCACUUUCGUCAUCGCCCAGUCCUUCCUCACCCUCCUCUGCUCCUUCAAGUUCGGAAUAUUCCUCUUUUUCGCGGGUUGGAUUACCGUAAUGACUGUUUUUGUGUAUGUUUUCUUGCCGGAGACGAAGGGGGUGCCGAUUGAGGAGAUGGUGCUUCUCUGGAGGAAGCAUUGGUUCUGGAAGAAGGUUAUGCCUCCGUUGGUUAUAGAAGAGGGGAAGGAUGUGGGGGUUGAGGUGAGGGAGUUUUAGAGAGGUGAUAAUUAAUUGCUGGUUGUUGUAGCGAGGUUUCGUGUGUGAGAAAACAAAAGCUGAAAUGGAAUGAAAUACUACAGUUGACAUUCGCAUGACUAGAUCUGAUAAUUAACCAUUACUACA